GCAGCCCAAGGUCCCGGGCACAGCCUCCUCGGUGCGGGCUCUUUCCCGGCGGGUCCAGGCGCCUGCCAGCCAGCCUGCCUGCCUGCCAGCCAUGGGCACGGCUUGGCCCUCCUUGCCCUGCCUUUGGGGCUGGCUCCCUCUCCUGACAGCGGCGGCUCUCUGCUCCUGGGGAACCCAAGGCAAGGUAUACUAUUCUUGUGGCGCACAGUUCAAAUCAAUAGAGAGAGGCCUUAUUUUAUCGCCUGGUUUCCCCAACAAUUAUUCAUCGGGCAUCCAUUGUAUUUGGCAGUUCUUCAUCCCUGCUGGGACAUACCUAAUGUUGGAAAUUUUUGACUUUGAUGUAUUUGAAAGCCUAAGCGAGGACCCAAAUGCCUGGGAUGAUUUUCUAACUCUUCCCCAAAGUACCAAGAAAGAGUUUCCCCACAAUGGGGCAAAUACAGACUUCCCUAGUAUCUUUCCUACUAAGAGCCCCACUCUCCAAAACUUUCACUCAACAGAUUUAUAUCAUCUUCAUGGUGGACGUCCAAAGAUUGCUUCUGAAAAACAAGAGUCUACCAAACAAUUCCAACAAAUAAAAGAACCAAGAGAGUUAGUCAUUACACAGCCUAGCCAACCACCAUUCAUGGCAGCAACCAAUGUCACCUUACUCAGACGAAUGAACAGUGGCAUACGGGAGGAAUCUAAAGACCCAAAGGACCAAAUGUUGGUUGCUCACCUUACAGCUAGUGGGAGAAAAAAAGAUUCUGAAGGCUCUCAACAACGUGCAGAAGACACGGCUUUUGGACAGGACGAAGACAUCUCAACGAUGACUUUGUCAACAGAGACGUCCUCCAACCCAGUGGCCUCAAUGGAAAUUUGCCCUCAUGAUGUCUUGUAUGUCUCUGACCUCUUUGCCUUUUCAUCUCGCUUCUGCGGCACAAACUCUCCCCAGAACAAGAACAUGACUUUUGGGUCCUCUCUAAAAAUGGUUGAAGUAAUUGUGGAGCUCAUUACUACCACAGACCGCGGGCGAGGCUUUGCAAUGCUCUUUGAAUACAAGAACGAUACGGAGCUGGUGGCCAUGAGUGACUCCAACGAGGGGAAAGAAAAUGUUAUGAUGCUGGUCAUCAUAACAGGGAUCCUCUUCUUUGCGCUUGUUCUUUUGUCCUCACUCUGUAUAGCUUGCAGGCAGAAAUUAUGUCCCAAAAGGAGCUCUUUGGAUGUACACUGUGAGCGGGAGAAUGGGAUCCAGAAUGCUGCAGCAGAUAUCAACGAACUUAGGCUAGUGAUGCCAAACCAAGAGAAUGAAAACAACAAUCACUCUAUGGGUGGAAAUGGAACAGUCACUUCCUGCAAUGGCAGUGUGGAGUGCUUACCCCCACAAACAGAUCCCGAUGUACCUUCUUCAGUGUCAGCAUUAACCACCGAGUCUGGGAGUGAGGAGGUGUUUAUUGUUUCAGCCAGUCCUGGAGCUGGUGGCUUGAAUUUUACCUCCUGUCAAAUUCAGGACAAAAUCCUAAGGAGAAGUUUCACAAGUCCAGGCUCAGUUUCUAACUGGAUGAUAGCAGAUGAAAGAGAACCAAGUCUCAUUGCUUCAGAGAGGACAGCAGUAGCAACGGAGACCCAUUGCCCUGGACAACAUACUUGGAGCACACGGGCUUUUCAUGACUUACUGGCUCCCUUCCCUCAGUUGCAGAGGAAAUGGUGCAGCUGGACUACUAACAAUCCUUUCACCAAAUUGGUGAACAAUAGUGGCUUUUCUACAUCCAUGAAAAACCAGACUCCACCUAUUCGCAAAGUGAUCUCCACUGCAGAUGUAGAUGGAAACUCUGAACUGGCUUCCUCAGAUUCCUCAACCAGCCCUGCUUUUUACCCACUGACACACUCAGUAAAGAAAGCAUGCAAGCUGAGCAGCAGCUGCAUCUUGAAACGACCAUACUUUGGAAAUCCUUACCGUGGCUUUUUAACAAGGUCUCCCAGUUGCAACCGCCCAAGGCUCUCAGAUCCCUCCAGAUGUGCAGAUGUUUGCUCUCCAGCCAGCAGACCAAGCCAGGGAGCCAAAGUCACCCCUGAAGGUGCCCCUCAACUCCAAGGCAAUGCAAACAAUAGGUCAAAAUCUAAGGAUCUCUCCCCUGAAAUGAAUCCAAAGCUUGUUUUUGUUAUUUCUGAAGAAGGAGAAGACCAGCAGCCUUUGGUUUUAGCAGAGCACAUAAACCCAUUCGUAGAUUCACAUGCUGAGACCAAUGUUGUUAUUUGUAACCUACAGAUGGCCAUGACUGGUGAGCAAGCAGUGGACCUGCCUUUUCAAGAAGUUUUGCCUGAGAUCACCAAUAUCAGGACAGACCAUGGUCUUUGGGGGGAGCACCCAAACUCAUCCAGAUGCCCCAAAGGGCUGUGGCACCUACAAAGAUCAAAGCCAUGUGCCUGUUUCAGAGACUGGCCUUACCGCAACCAGCACUCAUCAGAAACAUGAUUCCUUAGUUUCUCAGAGAUUGAGGCAAACCUCAGUUCAAUAAUUCUUCCAGAUGUGACAUCCAAGCUGAAACUGAAAGUUUGGGAUUAUGGAUUUGAAAACAAUCAAGAACAACAUCUCUUCAACACCAAUAUGACUUACACAGGAGGGGAGUGUGUUCAGGCUGUCUGGGCUGCUUAUUGGCAUAAUGUCAUCUGUUGCGCUCUUGGCUUUCUCCUUAAGUUGCCCCAAUGACCAUAACAAAAGGUGUAGGUCCUGGAGUUUUGUGACGGCUUAUGAAACUUACCCAAUUAGGCUUCCUAAAUAUAGUGCUUGAAUAAGGAGGUGUUGUCAGUUCUGGGGUCCAAUUAAAUCCAGUUAAAAGGGCCAUAUUGUUUUGGUCCUAUUUCACAAGAGUUCAACCAAAUUCUAGCCACAGUUGGAGAUGAUCGCACAAUUCU